CCAGGUGAAUCGGAAACCGAGAAGGCAGGGUAGAGCGGCGAACCACGGAGUAGAAAGCAACACCUGCUUCGGACCGGUCUCAAUUCUGAGCACAAACUCCUCACUGAAGUUAUUUCUUGAAGCUUGACCUUGCUGGACCUCUGUAGUUAGGGCCAGUCCAUAAUGGCCGGUACAAGGAAUUACGAUUUUUUGAUCAAACUGUUGUUGAUUGGUGACUCGGGUGUCGGUAAAUCUUGCUGUCUGCUGCGAUUCAGCGAGGACUCAUUCACUCCGUCGUUCAUUACCACUAUUGGCAUUGAUUUUAAGAUCCGCACUAUCGAACUCGAUGGCAAGCGCGUGAAGCUCCAAAUAUGGGAUACGGCUGGGCAAGAGCGAUUCAGAACGAUUACAACAGCUUACUAUAGAGGAGCAAUGGGGAUUCUCCUGGUUUAUGAUGUCACCGAUGAACGGUCGUUCCAAAAUAUCCGCACAUGGUUUUCCAAUGUGGAGCAGCAUGCAAGUGAAGGUGUUCACAAGAUACUCAUUGGCAACAAGUGUGAUUGGGAAGAGAAGCGAGCAGUAUCGACCGAGCAAGGCCAGCAGCUAGCUAACGAGCUGGGUAUUCCAUUUCUAGAAGUCUCGGCCAAGAACAACAUCAACAUUGAAAAAGCUUUCUAUGAUCUUGCUUCAGAUAUCAAGAAAGGAAUGGAUUCAUCAAAGUCUGAGCAGGUCAGCUCUCAGGGCGUUAGUAUAGACCAGCAAGGAUCUGGCUUGAACGGCAACACAGGCGGAAAGUGUUGCUAAUUCUAAUUCUCCACCUCUGAAUGCUUCAAGUCUCUCCCUCUUGUUCCUCUGUGGCCCUACACCUUGCCCCACAUGUGGCCGAGCACGUGUCAUGGAUGGUAUAUACCAAAGCUCUCAUACUCCAGUAGAUGCUAAGGAAAUAGCCUGGUCGUAUGAAAGUCUUGGUGCUAAGAUUUACGUCUAAGUGAAGGUACAACACUGUUAUUUCUGCAAUUUGUCUCUUUCUGCUUGAAACCUCGUGUGUUUAACAAUGCGUCACUUUAGCUCUAUUACACUACUGCUCUCGAACCUGGCGUCGGCCCGCUAAAUCUGUCAUGAAGCAAAGUAGCCGACUCCCAGGGAUACAUUCUUUGGUUAGAUAGUAUGGUGGUAUCUUACCCUCGGCAGCGAUUCGUGGCAUAUCUCCUAUCCCCAGCAUA